AUGGUAUAUUCGCCUUUAGGAGUAACGUAUGGGUUUAGAUCCGACUUAAUGUUGGAGUCGUUUGCAGACUACCAGAAAUACCAUAAGAAGGUGAACCAUAAGCUACAGCAAUUGAGAGGUCGUUUGAGAUUGAUUUCCAAAGACACGAAGAACUACAAGGGUCAAGAAAAGCUUUUGAAAGUGGGUCCUGAGGACUACCAAAGAAACAGAUUAUAUGGGUUUUUGAUGCUAUUACUAGCCGAACGAGACAUGGCAUAUGUCGAAAGCCUUAAGGCAGGCGGCAGGAGUCGGGGAUUUUUGAGAAGCUCCGAAUUAAAGCUAAUGCGUGCAAGAAUUAAGAAGGCGAUCAAAUACUGCAAUAGACUGGAAUCUCUUGCUCAAGUGGAAGACGAAGACGAAGAUAAGAACAAAUGGCAUAUCCGUGCUGAAAUUAUGAUUUAUGAGAAGUUAUUGAGAACCGAAUAUGAGCUAUAUGGUAAGAAGCAAGUGAAAUACGCUGAUGCGGAAAAGAUUUCUGCUCAUUUGUCAUUGGCCUUGUGCGGUGUCAAUUUCCUUGUUGAAUCCAAGCUAUUGAAGGAAGAUGUCGCAGAAGCGAUCAAGAGCAAGUACCUCUACAUUUUCAAGGAAAAGGCUAAUGCUUUCUCGUCCAGGGACCAACAAUUACGUUUCGCCAAUGCUAUCUCUGAAAACUCGGACGAUGCCUUGUUAGAGUUGCUCCAGGCGCAUGGAUUCACAUUUUCAGUUCCUGAAACCGAGAGCACCAAGAGUCAAAGCCGUAAGAUCUCAUGGAGAUCGUACUCAGCUACCAUCGAGGAUGGUAAGGUUUUCGAAGUUUACAGCGAUUUGGAAGACCUAAAAGGCUCUAACAAAUUAUCCAACUUGAAUGAUAAACUAUUGAAAUGGAACAAAGCUAUAGAUUUGCAAAAAGAAUACAUGGCUACCUUGGAAGAAAAUACAGAAAACAAUCAGAUCUUAUUGACCUACCUACAGUACAAUGCAAUGCUCACAUCUGUGGAAAGAGACAACUCGCUAUUUGACUCACUUUUGGCUCAAUGGGACAGGUCCGCCAACAAAUCGUUCACAAGCAGAUUAAACAAGUACAAGGAAGUUGAUCACAUUAUGAAAAACCUCAAGUCCUUACUAACACAACUAAUGGACCUUCCAGGUGUGUAUUCGGACAACGAUCUAACCAAUCAAAUCUUUUUACUCAAAACUUAUUAUGAGACAUCCUUCGCUUCUAAGCUGCUUGCUGACAUUUACCAAUCAAAAAAGAGAUAUGUCGAGUCCCUAGCUAUCCACAACAACGGACUAAAGUUGAUUGAAAACGCAGAAGAAUCCUUGAUAAAUUGGGAUGAAAUCUCUUUACCAGCCGUGCUUCUAUCCAAGAAGAAGAUCGAUUCGUUGAAAGAGUUCAUCUCUACUAAAUGGAGAUCGGUGAUUGCCCUAGCCGAACACGAAAAGGCUCUAGAAGUUCCAAAGAAGUCUUUGAAGUUCGCCCCAUCACUAGUGGAUAUCAUCGACACCAACAUAAGUCCUAAGGAGGUAUCAUUGGACAACAUCUUCUCCCUAAGACCAAGACUAUUGCCUGUUCCUCCAAAGGCUUUUGUCUACGAUUUGGCCUAUAACUACUUCUCUUUUGCUGACGAGACUCCAAGUUUCUCAGACUAUUCUGCAUCAUCUACCGAGCCCGCAACUCCAAAGCAUGAUGAGCCACAAGGAGAACAGAAACGGACUAAGAAGGGUUUAUUCGGUCUCUUUGGAGGUUAG